CCUGGGCAACAAGAGGGAAACUCUGUAUCAAAAAAAAAAAGAAAAAAAAAAAGAAUAGGUGAGGGGUGAGAGGUCUGAAAAAGUGGAAGCAGCCAGAGGGAAGAGAGGCCAGGAAGAGGGAAAUUGGGGCCUCUAACCUGACGGGAUAAACCUGGUCCUCGGGAAAGAGGGAAACAGCUGCUCAGACUGUCUAGUGCUGACUGUUCUCCCACCUUCAUCCCCUGCCAGAUGUGCUAAUGCUGCUGAUGACAGAUGUACUGGUGUUUCUCCAGGAAAAGGACCAGAAGUACAUCUUUCCUACCCUGGACAAGCCCUCAGUGGUAUCGCUGCAGAAUCUAAUCGUACGGGAUAUCGCCAACCAGGAGAAAGGGAUGUUUCUGAUCAGCGCAGCCCCACCUGAGAUGUACGAGGUGCACACAGCAUCCCGGGAUGACCGGAGCACCUGGAUCCGGGUCAUUCAGCAGAGCGUGCGCAUAUGCCCAUCCAGGGAGGACUUCCCCCUGAUUGAGACAGAGGAUGAGGCUUACCUGCGGCGAAUUAAGAUGGAGUUGCAGCAGAAGGACCGGGCACUGGUGGAGCUGCUGCGAGAGAAGGUUGGGCUGUUUGCUGAGAUGACCCAUUUCCAGGCCGAAGAGGAUGGUGGCAGUGGGAUGGCCCUGCCCACCCUGCCCAGGGGCCUUUUCCGCUCCGAGUCCCUUGAGUCCCCUCGUGGCGAGCGGCUGCUGCAGGAUGCCAUCCGUGAGGUGGAGGGUCUGAAAGACUUGCUGGUGGGGCCGGGAGUGGAACUGCUCUUGACACCCCGAGAACCAGCCCUGCCCUUGGAACCAGACAGCGGUGGUAACACGAGUCCUGGGGUCACUGCCAAUGGUGAGGCCAGAACCUUCAAUGGCUCCAUUGAACUGUGCAGAGCCGACUCAGACUCCAGCCAGAGGGAUCGAAAUGGAAAUCAGCUGAGAUCACCCCAAGAGGAGGCGUUGCAGCGAUUGGUCAAUCUCUAUGGACUUCUACAUGGCCUACAGGCAGCUGUGGCCCAGCAGGACACUUUGAUGGAAGCCCGGUUCCCUGAGGGCCCUGAGCGGCGGGAGAAGCUAUGCCGAGCCAACUCUCGGGAUGGGGAGGCUGGCAGGGCUGGUGCUGCCCCUGUGGCCCCUGAAAAGCAGGCCACGGAACUGGCAUUACUGCAACGGCAACAUGCGUUGCUGCAGGAGGAGCUACGGCGCUGCCGGCGGCUAGGUGAAGAACGGGCAACUGAAGCUGGCAGCCUGGAGGCCCGGCUCCGGGAGAGUGAGCAGGCCCGGGCGCUGCUGGAGCGGGAGGCCGAAGAGGCUCGAAGGCAGCUGGCCGCCCUGGGCCAGACCGAGCCACUCCCAGCCGAGGCCCCCUGGGCCCGCAGACCUGUAGAUCCUCGGCGGCGCAGCCUCCCUGCAGGCGAUGCCCUGUACUUGAGUUUCAACCCCCCACAGCCCAGCCGAGGCACAGACCGCCUGGAUCUGCCUGUCACUACUCGCUCUGUCCAUCGACACUUUGAGGACCGAGAGAGGCAGGAACUAGGGAGCCCCGAAGAGCGGCUACAAGAUAGCAGUGACCCUGACACCGGCAGCGAGGAGGAAGGUAGCAGCCGUCUGUCUCCGCCCCACAGUCCACGAGGUGAGACCCUGGCGGAGACAUGGACCAGAGACUUUACCAGAAUGCAGGACAUCCCGGAGGAGACGGAGAGCCGCGACGGGGAGGCUGUAGCCUCCGAGAGCUAAGGGGGCCCCUCACCCCUGCCCUGUGCCCCACUGAAGAACAUUACUGAGGGGGGCUAACCUUGGGGACUCCAAUUUGCCAAUGAUAAGGGAACAUUUGAAAGAACUUGCCAGCUCUUGGGAUCCUUAGAUACCUGGGGCCAUUUAAGAAGCUGGGGGAAUUAGGCCACAACACCCCCUGGGGCAUCCAAAAGCUACACCACAGAUGCCAGUGGUUCACACCUUCUUCCCUCCACUUUAGGAAAAUUUAUUUAUUUAUUAUUAGUUAUGGGGGGAGAGGGGAGAUUUAAAGGACCAGGGACAUGGGAACCAAGCCAUAGGGAUCAGAGGGCCUUGUCCUUGAACACUACUGGGGUAUGUUCAGGCUCAUCCACGCAACUGCUGGGUUCUUGCCCUAACAACCCUCCCCUGCAACAUCCAUCUUGGAGGAGAGGCUGCAGCCACAGAACCCUACUGCCCUUUAAAUAAAGGAGGGCUAUGGGCAGGGCCAUGUCUCUUUCUCCUCUCCCCUCAACCUCUUACUGCUGUUCUCCCUUUCUCUGUCCUUCAUGGAAGCCCUGGGAGAUAACCUGGCUUCCUGGAGUUGAUGGACUAGAGGUUGGGGUGGCCAUAAUGGUUUGUUGGGGGUAAGGGAAAAAACCCACAGGGACCAGAAUGUUUUGUUGUUGUUUUGUUUUCUUUUUUGUACCAAAGUCAACUGCACGUGUUUUAUAUUUUUAAGAGAUCAUAGGCAAUUAGAAAUCGAAGCCUCCUAUCUCCACAUCUCUGAAGAAGUUGAGGGGUAGGGGAGACAAUGACUUCUGCCUUCAUCUGCAGUAACGGGGGAACCUAUACUGACCUAUUCCCCAGCCAUUUGGAAACAAAUUCUAGGGUGGGUUGGGAAAUCUCCAGGAGCCCUGACCUCAUCUUCCACCUCAGCAACCAUGACCUGAAACCUCAGCGUGAAUUUGGGGGAUUUUUCAAUGGAACCCCUGCCCCCAAAUGUCGACCAGCCCCAGUUUUUUUUUUUUUGUUUGUUUCUGCCAAUUUUGUUGUUUUAAAAAAAAAAUAUCAGGGAAAAUUAAAAACCUGGAACUCCAUAA